AUGAUUAAGGGAACCCUCCCAGAUAUCAUUUCACCUCAACAGUCGGCUUUUGUUCCAAAUCGAAUCAUCUCAGAUGCUGUCUUCAUGGCGCAUGAGUUAUACCAUUAUGUGAAGCAUCGCAAGAGUGGGAAAAAGAUGUUCCUUGCUGCCAAACUCGAUAUGCGCAAGGCUUAUGAGAGACUUGAAUGGCCUUUUAUCCAGGCUACCCUUCUUAAGCUAGGCUUUUGUAACCUGUGGGUCAACAUGGUAAUGAAUUUCAUCUCCACAGUUUCUUAUUCUUUGUUGGUCAAUGGUGUUAAGAGUGGGAUUGCAUCAUGGGAAGAGCUAAUGAAGCGACAACUUCAAGUAGAUCCGAGCUGCGUUCGGUGUGGAGUUGUAGUGGAGUCCAGUGAUCACAUUUUGUUAGAAUGCCCUUUCGCUAAAGCUACUUGGUUUGGGAGUUCUCUAUCCUUUAUUGCUCCUCAAGAUGAAAGUCUCAAAUUGUAUAAAGUGCAUGAACAAUGGAAUAAGAUGAAUUUCCCCUCUAAGAAGAUCAAGAUGGAGAUAUUAAGCCUUUUCACACAUAUUUGCUGGUAUUUGUGGACAGCCAGGAAUGAUAUGACCUUUCAUCGAAAAGAGUGGUCCCCGAUUGAGGUUUUCUCUCAGGUGGAACAGAUGUAUAUGGAAUUCUGGACGAUUGUUGACACCACCUCUACUCCAUCGGGUAGUCCAUCAAAUAACGCCGCAGCGUGGAAAGGGCCUCCUCAGGGAUGGCUUACUUUGAAUUGUGACGCAGCAUUACCUUUGGAGAACCAUGAAGGAGGGAUUGGAUGUAUCAGUCGUGACCACAACUGCUCACCUGCUUGGGCUCUUUCUGAACCAUUGUGCUUCACAAAUAGCUUAUCGGGGGAGGCCUUAGCAGUGCACACUGGCUUCGUUUGGGCAAUUGAGCAUUGCAUCCCUUCAAUUAUUAUUGAGUCCGAUAACAAUGGCCUAAUCAACUACAUCAACUCUAUUGAUCAAGUUAUACCGGCUAGGGUUCUUGGGAUCAUCAGCGAUAUUCGCUUCUUGGCGACCAGAAUUUCUCAAUGUUCUUUUUCAUCACAUAUCUAG